AAGCUCUGGGCGUCUCUUCAGUGAAUGGUUAUUUACCCCCUGGCUGGAAACAUCUAUACAUACCUAUAAGAAUGAUAUUCAUAAAAUAUAUGAAUAGUGUUAUAGUAGUACCUCCAUGAUCCCGGUUUAAUUUGGCAUCGAGAAUACACCUUGUAUGAGUGAACCGAAGAAGCCUCGGCUCGAGAGGGCUAGCGAGACGCAUUUGCGGUUCGUGGCUGACGCUGUACCUGAGGUAGACAAUGUGCACACAUGGGACCCCACCGUCUAUGGCCUGCCAACUGAUUUCCGCUUAACAGACUAUAGUACCCUAAAAGGGUGAGCCUGUAAGAUUCCACAGUCUGAGUUAACCAGCCUGUUGGAAUCUAUUGGCAGCGGCGACAUCCGCAUGGAUUGCAGCAUCCUGGACACAUCCAUUCCAGGUGUUGUGAUGGUGAGUACAACGGACUUCUUCUAUCCUCUAGUGGAUGAUCCCUACACUCAAGGGCAGAUCGCGUGUGCCAAUGUAUUGUCCGAUAUGUAUGCUGUGGGCGCACGCAAAGUAGACAACAUGCUCAUGAUCCUUGCAUCCAGCACUCAGAUCCCGGCGAGCUAUCGGACGAUAGUGACGGUUGAGAUGGUUCGGGGAUUCAACGAUUGGUGUAAGAAAGCCGGGACCAAAGUGACUGGUGGCCAGAGUGUGAUGAACCCGUGGCCCAUUCUGGGCGGUGUGGCGCAGUCCGUAAUGUUAGCCACCGACGUCAUCACUCCGGAGAACGCACGUGCUGGGGAUGUCAUGGUACUGACCAAACCCCUGGGCACCCAACUGGCUGUGAACUUGCACCAGUGGCUGGACCAGCCCAAAUGGUGGGACCAGGUCAAGCACGUGAUAGACGCGGAGACGGUCAUCAGAGCCUACAAUGUGGCGUCUGCGUCCAUGAAGAGACUCAACAUGGUGGGGGCACAACUGAUGCACAAACACAACGCCAGGGCGGCGACGGAUGUGACCGGGUUCGGUAUUUUGGGCCACGCCAACAAUUUGGCUCAAGCUCAGAAGGCCAAACUUACCCUGAGGAUAGACAGCCUACCAGUCAUCAAAGGGACCAUAGCGGUCGACCGAGUGCUCAAAGGAGGGGCGCUGUUUAACUUGGCCACGGGCUACAGUGCCGAGACGAGCGGUGGGCUGCUCAUGUGCAUGGCACCAGCAGACGCAGACGCCUUCUGCCGCGCCAUACACGCGGAGGAGGGCUGGAAAGCGUUCGUUGUCGGCCAAGUCAUCGAAGGGGACAACACGGCGUGUCUAUCGGACACAGUCGAGUUCAUUGAGGUGUAGCAUCCUCCACUAGCGUUUUACCUACAGUAUAGUGUGUAUGUAUGACCCGCUUAAUGGCCCGGUCUCUGCCAUACUUGUACACCUUGAACCGUACGUGACCACUCGGCCCCACCCUAGCCCAGCGUCUAUGUCCUGUGUCUCUGUACGUCUACGCUAUUCCUCUGAGCAGCAUACUAGCCAUGUACGGCUGUGCACGAGUAUGCUUAGCAUAGCACACGCCCUACGAACAACGCGUGUGUGGUGAUGGUACUGGUGGGACACGCUUGCACCAACCACGUGCGUACUGGGUACGUGUGCUUGCUGUACUUGCUGGAUUGGGGUGUAGCGAAUCUCUGGAUGAGAGCUUCCCCUCAGAAGAAAAGUCCGCGACAAGACUCGCUCACAACCAACCACCACUAUAUUAGUGAUGUAUGCUGAGCCGCAUAUAAUGUUCCUACGUAGAGCACCAAGUGUCUCAUGUAAACGUAUGGUAUAAGUAGGCGCGCAGGAUCGCGCCCCAACAAACACGCGUCAAAAAGCGCGCGUGUCGCCAAGCGCAUACGUGCCUUCCGAGUCGCGACUAGCACCAGAGAUCGAACAUGUAUCACGUAUACACAUGUGUGGAACGUACACACAUGUGUGGACGUGUGGCGAUUUGCGACAGCACGCGUUCGCGAGAUGGUAGAAUACGCAGUGGGGAUUACCUAUGAAUUCAUUGCAUCCCAAUCCAGCCAGGUACCUUUGCCGCGGACGAUGCCCUUGAAUGAACCCGACGACAGGGAUGUCGCCCUUUCCCCACUUCUCUCUCCUUCUCGAUCUUGUCUGUGCUUUCGCAAAUAGUUACCGAGAGAUCGUAGUAAAAUCUACACACCUCACUCGAAUAUACAUCCAGCUGCAUAUGCCCUAUCCCUAUCUAGUUAUCGAGGGAUUGUAAUAAAAUCUACACACUAAUUAUCGAG